CUUGAUGAAUCGUUCCCUUCUCAGCAGCCGGGGCUGGCGAAAGGCCGGUGCCCCGCUGCGGGGUGAAAGGUGACAAUGGCGGCGGCCUUGGUGGAUGAAGAGAUUAAUAAUGAUGACUUUUACGCGCUUUUGAACGUCAGGAGGGAGGCCACACAAGAUGAGCUGAAGGCUGCUUAUCGCCGGUUGUGUAUGCUAUAUCACCCAGACAAGCACCGAGAUCCUGAUCUGAAACAACAAGCAGAGACUCUGUUCAACCUUGUACACCAGGCAUAUGAAGUACUUAGUGAUCCCCAGAGCAGAGCCAUCUAUGACAUCUAUGGUAAAAAAGGCCUGGAAAUGGAAGGAUGGGAGGUAGUGGAAAGAAAGAAAGCAGCAGCUGAAAUACGUGAAGAAUUUGAGAGGCUACAACGAGAAAGGGAAGAAAGGCGAUUGCAACAAAGAACAAAUCCCAAGGGCACGAUAAGUGUUGGAGUAGAUGCCACAGAUCUGUUUGACCGCUAUGAUGAGGAGUUUGAAGAGCCAGGCAGUCGGUUUCCUCAGAUUGAAAUUAAUAAAAUGCACAUAUCACAAUCUAUUGAAGCUCCAUUGACCACGACAGAUACAGCUGUUCUAGCAGGGAGUCUAUCAACGCAGAAUGGCAAUGGCGGUGGUUCAAUCAACAUUGCAUUGAGGCGGGUAACAUCUGCAAAAGGAUGGGGCGAGUUGGAAUUCGGAGCAGGAGAUAUUCAAGGGCCUUUGUUUGGGAUAAAAAUAUUUAGAAACAUCACUUCACAAAGUUUUAUCACCACUCAUUGUGGCCUACAGUUUUCAUCUCGUGGAAUCCGUCCUGGCUUGACCACAGUCCUAGCACGAAACCUGGACAAGAACACAAUGGGCUACCUGCAGUGGCGUUGGGGUAGUCAGUCUGCCAUGAAUACAAGUCUAGUAAGGGAUACUAAAACCAGCCACCUUACAUUAGCAUUGCAGCUAGGAAUUCCUCAUUCAUUUAUGCUAAUCAGCUACCAAUACAAGUUCCAGGAUGAUGAUCAAACCAGAAUAAAGGGGACAAUCAAGACUGGAUUCUUCGGCACUUUGGUUGAAUAUGGUGCUGAGAGAAAGAUCUCCAGACAUAGCAUCCUAGGAGCAACUGUCAGUAUUGGAGUGCCUCAGGGAGUGUCCCUCAAAAUUAAGUUAAAUCGAGCCAGCCAGACUUACUUCUUCCCAAUUCAUCUAACAGACCAACUCUUGCCCAGUGCCAUCUUCUAUGCUACAGUUGGACCCCUGGUGUUCUAUUUUGCCAUGCACCGGCUUAUCAUCAAACCCUAUCUCCGCAUGCAGAAAGAAAAAGAAUUACAGAAACAAAGAGAAAAUUCAUCGAGUACCAUAGCAUUGAAGAAGCAAGAGGCUGAGGCAGCGGUCCGGUUGAUGCAGGAGUCUGUGAGGAGGAUAAUAGAAAUAGAAGAGUCCAAACUAGGCUUAAUUAUUACCAAUGCCUGGUACGGAAAGUUUGUGACUGACAGCAGUGGGAGGAAUGAGAGGGCCAAAGUGAUUGAUGUGACUGUUCCUCUUCAGUGUCUGGUGAAGGAGUCAAAACUCAUUCUUACUGAAGCCUGUAAGACUGGCGUACCAGGAUUCUAUGACCCAUGUGUCGGAGAGGAAAAGAGUCUAAAAGUGAUCUAUUUGUUCCGAGGGGUUCUGCACCAGGUCAUGACAGCAGACAAUGAAUCCCUAAGAAUACCAAAGCAAUCACACAGGAUUGACACAGAUGGCUGAGGAGAAAGUGAUGUGCAGGCAGUGAUGAGAAGUUGGACCCGAACAGAGACCAGCUGCUAAAAUCUUCAGAGUCCCGUAAAUUAAAGAGAGUGCACAUAUAAUUAUUUUUAUGUAUGUAGAGUUUUUUUGGUUCUUUUCAAUGUAUAAAAGAUUUAAAAACUCCUUUUACAGAUCACUAAAUAGCAACAUCCAGUUGUGAUUAUCUCCAUGUCAUCUGUGACAGAAUGCUGUAACAAUUUGAAGUAUGGGAUUCGGACCUUUUGUCAGCGAUUCCUGUACCGUGGAAGAAGAUUCCAUUUUAAUAAGUCUAUUUGAUGUAUAAAAAAAAAAUUAAAAUUAAAACCAGACACUUAACAUAAUAAAUCUUGCUCUUGAAUAGAAA